GAUUGACAGACAAUAUCCGCCGAAUUAAAGCUCAUGACUGCUGCUAUUCUCGGGAUUUGAUAUUUACGCCCAACUACAAGAAGUAACGAGCUCGAGUAUUAGCAUAUACCUACGUAAGAUAUGGAGGCUGUCUUACCGUUGGCUGAUCGCUGGCUCCAACUCGAUCGCGAUGAAGAGACUAGAGGUGAGAUCAACGAACUCGUGGCGAAACAAGAUGCCGAAGAGCUCGAGAAACGUCUGCGGAAACGCAUUGCUUUUGGUACUGCUGGCCUACGGUCCUCGAUGAAAGCUGGCUUUGCCCAUGUGAACUCACUGAACGUUCUCACCACGUCAAUCGGACUGGCACACUACAUUCGCGAGACUUUACCAACAUCGGGCACCCGAAGUGUUGUCAUUGGCUAUGAUGGAAGAUAUCGGUCACGAAAAUUUGCUCGCCUGGCAGCCACUGCAUUUCUCGACAACGGCCUCAAAGUGCUGUGGUUUGACCGCCUCGUGCAUACUCCUCUCGUCCCAUUUGCCAUCCGUCACUACGGUGCUGCUGCUGGUGUCAUGGUGACUGCCAGCCACAAUCCCAAGAACGACAAUGGUUACAAGGUCUAUUGGGCGAACGGUUCGCAGAUCGUUCCUCCGCAUGAUGUUGGUAUUGCAGGAGCCAUCGAUGCUGUGCAGGACAUACCCAACUGGGAUGAAUCUCUCGUAGAUACGCAUUCUCAAGUCGGAAAAAUCUACGACGAUACGAGCAAGGCCUACUUUGAACAGAUCCGAGCUAUUGCUCAACCUGUAUCAGACAGCGAGCGCGACCUGCCCUUUACGUAUACACCAAUGCAUGGCGUUGGCCUGCCCUUCAUGCAACAAGCCGUCAAGGUUCUCAACAUACCCGAUCAUGUAAUGCAUGUCGUUGCCGAACAAGCACACCCUGACCCCGAGUUCCCUACUGUCUCCUUCCCGAAUCCCGAAGAAAAGGGCGCGCUCAAACUUGCAUUUCGCGAUGCCGCAAGCUCAGGCACGACCGUCAUCAUCGCGAAUGAUCCUGAUGCCGACCGCUUCUCCGCCGCUGAGCAGGUCGCCAGUUCCGGAAAGGACUUUGAACAAUUCACAGGCAACCAGCUCGGCAUCUUACUCGCAUCCCACGUCUUCGAAACCUACACCGGCGACAUCAAGAGACUCGCCAUGCUAUCAUCGACCGUUUCCUCUCGCAUGCUCGCACACAUGGCAUCGACCGAAGGCUUCCACUUCGUCGAGACGCUCACCGGCUUCAAAUGGCUCGGCAACGUCGCCCAGGAUCUCCGUCAGGAAGGUUGGGAUCCCGCCUUUGCAUUCGAGGAGGCCAUCGGCUACAUGUUUUCCUCCGUUGUAUGGGACAAAGACGGCAUCGCCGCCGCCGCCGUCUUCCUGACCGCAUGGCGACGCUGGCAUUCCCAGGGUCUGACGCCGCGGUCGAAGCUCCAACAGCUGUAUGGACGAUACGGGUACUUUGCCGAUGCCAACACAUACGUGAUCUCGCCAUCGCCCGCCGUCACCGACGCCGUGUUCACCGCCAUCCGGAAGUCCCAUCCUGAUGGCACCGGACGCCCGGAAAGAGUCGGAGCACGGAGCAUCCGGCGCUGGAGGGACCUCACGCUUGGCUUCGACAGCGCCGCCGCCCCGCCGGAUCAUCGUCCAAACCUGCCCGUUGACCCAAGCGCACAGAUGAUCACGUGUGAACUCGAGGGCGACGUAGUCUUCACGGUGCGAGGCUCGGGCACAGAGCCCAAGAUCAAAUUCUAUAUCGAGGCGACGGCAGCCUCUGCGGAUGAAGCGCAGGCGCGUGCGGACGAGGUUCUACGGGAUCUCCUGCACGAGUGGUUUCGAGUGGAUCACUACGGAUUGAAACUUGCAGCGGGCGUUGUCUGAGAUGUUUUGGCUAUGAUAUGAUGAUAUCUCGCUUUACGCUUCUCAGAGUAUCUAGAAUUGAAAAUUCGAUUUGGUAGUGAACAGGCGAAGUGCAUCCAAGAGUCAAUGAAUUGGUCAAUGCUACAUUGGAAACAUGCACGCACAUCGCGCGGAAGUUGUGGAAAUGUAUUCGUGAUUGCCAAGCUAUGUACGAACGGAGAAGGGAUGGAGACUGACAUAGCGCAACACGCGCACGACCUCGAGUGAAACCCUCAGUCGCUAGUAUGAAUAAAAACCGCCAAUAAUGU